GACAUUAAAGAAACACUACACAAGGAAACUACACUGCAGACACACACACGCCUUCAUUUUAUGUUUUUGAAUAACAGCCUGGUGGCGAGUGUCCGCACAGAAGUGUUACAUUAACACCGCUGAACUGAAGUGGCGGAAAGAAAGACAUCACACCAGUCUGUGGAGCAGUCUCAGGGCAAAGCGUUUUCCGACGAUUAUCGCGAAAUGGGCUCUGAGCCACCCUCAUCUCCUCAGGUGGUCGAGGAAGGAGCGGAUGAAGAGGAUGAGGAGUUGAGUGGGGCUGAAGAUGCAGACCUUAGGGCCUCCUCUGGGAGGGGUUCCCUGCUGACCAGGAGAGGCAUCACCCUUAGAGUCCUCUUAAAGGAUGGGCUUGUGGAGCCUGGAGACGGCAUUCUGUCCAUACAUUACCUGGGUAAAAAGUUUGUUGGAGAUCUUUUGAAUGACGGGAAGAUUCGUUGGGUGGAGACCGGGCAAAUCUUUAACUCCCCAAGCGCUUGGGCAACACACUGCAAGCGUCUGGUGAACCCAGCCAAGAAGUCUGGCUGUGGCUGGGCCUCGGUGCGCUACCGGGGACAGAAACUGGUUCAGUACAAAACCACCUGGCUACACAAAUACCAGCCCAGUGCUGACAUGAGUCUGAUAAGUGAAGGAGAAGAUGAUGAGAUGGGAGAUGACGAUGAAGAGGAAGGGAAAACGACCGUGCUAGUAGAGGACAAGAAUAAAAAGUCCAAACCUGAGCUGCACGACAUUAGCCUGAUGCAGAGGAGAGACAGAGAAAGAAUUCCAGUCAGGUAUUGCACUCUUGGCACUAGAGAUGCUGCAAGGGAUCCUCACACUCUUGUAGAACUGUCUGCCUUUUCUGCGAUCAACCGCUUCCAGCCUUUUAAUGUAGCAGUGUCCAGCAAUGUCCUGCUGCUGAUGGAUUUUCACUGUCACCUGACCAGUAGUGAGGUGGUGGGGUAUUUGGGGGGCCGAUGGGACACUAACACCCAAUUGCUUACAGUCUUGAGGGCAUUCCCUUGCCGCACGCGACUGGCAGAUAAAGACGCCGCCCCAGCUGUCGAAGAAGAGAUUUGCCAAAAUCUCUUCAUGCGGGGGCUGUCAUUGGUGGGAUGGUAUCACAGUCACCCACGAGGCCCCGCCCUUCCGUCUCUGCAGGACAUCGAUUCACAGAUGGAUCACCAGCUCCGCCUACAAGGCAGCAGUAAUGGCUUCCAGCCCUGUCUGGGGAUUAUCUGUGGGCCCUAUUACCACGGAAACCAAGGUGUGGCCUCCACCAUCACGCCAUUCUGGGUAGUUCCUCCUCCCGAGCAACGACCGAACGAUUACGGCAUCCCAGUGGCAGUAGAGGUCACAUACGUGCAGGACAACUUCCUCACUACAGAUGUGCUAAACGAGAUGAUGCUGUUGGUGGAAUUUUAUCGGUCCGCUCCUGACCUUGUGCAGUUCAGUCAGAUGUGGAGUCCUAAUACCUCAAUACUCGACAAAAUCAAGGCUUCUCUGAGUGGCCACGCACCCAAAGACCAGGCGUACGCACAGAUCCUGGAGCACGUGUACAACCAGCUGCGCAACUCUCAGUGACCGGAGCAAUUUACGUCUGUGCAUUUGUGUUACGCUGUAGAACUGUUGACUUGGGACCUCCUACCCUGUGCAUUACCGUCUGUGCACUGUUAUACUGUAUAUGAAAUGCCUUCAUGGAGGAUAUAUCAUAUAUGCUUCCGUCCAAACUGUUGCCUUUAGGACUGUUAGGUCUGUAUCACUGGCUGUGGUUUAUACAAUUCUGCCAUAUCUGUGCUGUGAAACUUGUCUUCCUCUGUGGUAGAAGCGUUUGGUGGAUAGUUAGGAAAGAGAAGAAGAUGGGUAAUUGAGUUCUCUCUCUCUCUCUGUUUUGGCUAGUAUUUAUCUGUUUGUGUGGUUAGAUUUGUGCCAUGUUGAAUCCGCAAUAUGGGAACAAUGCCUUCUACCUGCUGAAUACCUUAAAAUAUACACUGGAACAAAUGAAAUGUGCCGAUUCCGUUUGCUUCUGGCAUCUAACCUCGUAAAAACUUUUCUUACCAUACGAUUAAAGAAACAGUUCAUACUCAUA